CAAAUUUAACUUCUUUGUAACUUGAAACUUGAAUGUUUACAACGAUUGCAUAAAAGGAAUGUCAAUACACUUGUAAAUAACAUUACAUAAGUGAUUAUAAUUCUAAUUAUUUCGUCACGAUGAGUUCAUCAAAUAAUGAUAACGAUGGCAUCAGUGAGAAAAUGAAGAUUUCACCUUACGGAUUAGUUAGAUCAGAAGACCGCCCGAUUCCAUUAAAGUCUAUAAAAGUAGAUGUUCAGAUAUUUGGCUAUGUAGCAGAAGUGACAUCCUUGCUGACCUACUUCAAUACUGAGGAAACACCAGUUGAGGCGGUGUUUACAUUCCCUGUAGAUGAUGGCAGUGCAGUGUUUCAGUUUGAGGCUCACAUUGAUGGCCGUCAUAUUGUCGCUGAAAUCCAGGAACGUGAGCAGGCUCAACUGACUUAUGACGAUGCUGUUCAAAGUGGAAAAACAGCAAUGCUGCUAAAAGAAGACAGUUCUGCCGGGGAUAUCUUCAGUUGUAUGCUUGGUAAUCUACCAGCUAAAACUGAGGCAUCAUUGGUGAUGAAAUAUGUGAUUGAGUUACCACAAGAACCUGAUGGUCAACUAAGAUUCACACUCCCUACUGUACUUAAUCCAAGAUACUCUCCAGGCGGAGAAGUUGCUGCUGAGGGUGCCACAUAUGUUCCACCAUCUAAAGUACCGUAUGAAUUUAGCUUGAUUGCUACAAUUAAAGGUUACCAUAAAGUAACCUCAGUCACCUCAGAAACAAUCUCAUUAAAUGUCCAUUUUGAGGAGAACAAGAAGAUAGCAAAGGUAAGCCUUGGUGAUGAUUUCAAGUUUGACCACGAUCUUAGAUUUGUUGUGCAGUAUGAGUCACCUUAUUCUCCUCAGAUUGUCCUUGAAGACGGAAAUCCAGAUGCCGAUAUAUCUACACCGAAGUCAGAUGAUGUGUUAUUCUGAAGACAGAUGUCUGCACCUCCAAGGGUUCAUCUGUAAAUCAAAAGG